GGUGUGUCCUAUUAUCUGUUAAUAAUCGCUGGAGCCACAGAACGGGGAAGACAACUACAACCGGUCCGGUUUAUUGGUAGCAGUCUACUUGAUGAGAGAAGAGAAAUGAUUUCUGGUGAUCAUUUUGGCGCAACAGACACAGCACACCCCAGAAUGGAGUGUGCGAUUAAAACUCCCUGA